GGGAGCAGCAGAAGCAGCAGCAGCAGCAGCAGCAGCAGCAGCAGAAGUCAGAAUGAGUGCAAGAGGUGAAGGAGCCGGUCAGCCUUCCACUUCCACCCAGGGACAACCUGCAGCCCCGGCGCCUCAGAAAAGAGGACGAGGUCGACCCAGGAAGCAGCAACAAGAACCAACAGGUGAGCCUUCUCCUAAAAGGCCCAGAGGAAGACCCAAAGGAAGCAAAAACAAGAGUCCUUCAAAAGCUGCCCAAAAGAAAGCAGAAGCCACUGGAGAAAAACGACCAAGAGGCCGACCCAGGAAAUGGCCACAACAAGUGAUUCAAAAGAAGCCUGCUCAGGAAGAGACUGAAGAGACCUCCUCACAAGAAUCUGCAGAGGAUGAUUAGGAGACCACACGAUUCCAUUUCUACCUCAUCAGCAGUUGGGUCUUUCGAAGGGAGAAGACACUGCCGCGACCACUUUGUUUUCUUUUGCCAUGGUCUUUUCCACUUUUGCCUGGGGGAAAAAAAUCACAUAACCUUAAAAAGGACUUUAUUAAUCACCUUCUUUGUAAUCCCUUCACAGUCCCAGGUUUAGUGAAAAACUGCUGUAACACAGGGGGACACAGAUUAACGAUGCAACUUUUAAUUACUGUUUUCUAUUUUCUUAACCUACUAAUAGUUUGUUGAGCUGCUAAGAAAGGGUGAAUGGGUCAGAAAAAUCUUUGAAUCAGGUUUAGUCAUUCACUGCACUGCAUGUAAACAAGAAACUUGUAAUAUUAAUUAUAAUGGGCAUUCAUACAGGAAAGGCUUGGUGUGAAACACGUUUUAGGCCUCAGACACCACCAACAACCCACUCUCUAUCUUAGUCAACUCCCUGUUUAGAACACCAAAGAUAAGGGAUAGAUGCUACUCUUUUUUUUUUUUUUUUAAUUAUCUUGUAGACUUUUACUUGAUUUUUUCACUUACUGUUAUUUCAAGAAAGAUUUAAGGCUGAUUUGUCAUUUCUCUCAACUCAUAAACCAGAAGAGGUUAUACUCAUUUUGCAGAAGGGAAGUAAGGCAAAUCUAUGUUGCCAAAUUGCAUAUUUAUGGAUAUACUGAGCAUAUUGGCAGGAGCAAUGAACACCACUCAGUAGUACUCAUCUUCAGGAAAACACUCAUCUGGAUAGAACUGACUUUCUCCACAGGUAUACUCCAUUUAGAAAUCAGUAACAAUUGUCCUGAAAGCAUCUCUAGAUGGUUAUCAAGUAAAACGACCAUCUUUAAAAAAAAAUUUUUUUUUAAAUAAAGGUACUUCUGGAUUAAUGACAUCAAUUAAUGUGAAGCAUAGGAAAGGGGAUAAAUUAAAAAUUUGUGGGAGGGAUGCCACAGUCACCCUACUAGUGAUGAAAAAUUGAAAGGAUUCAUAUCUUUUUUCAUUAUGUAUUGAUUUAAAUGUAAAAACAAAAAAAAAGAAUACUAUGUACCUCAAAGUGGGGUUUUGUAUUAAUUCCAAUGAUGCCUUUUGACAUAGGAUGGUUGGCUGGUAUUUUACCUCAAUUUCAGUGCUCCCAUCUUUUCAUUCAAACUGCACUUUUAGCAACAGAUGCAAUAUAUUCCCCACUAUUCAAUGCUACCUCUGAUUUUUACAAUUACUUUUACAGCCUGAUAAAUACUUGCUGCUAUACACAUAAAAUGCAGGAAAAAAAAUCCUUUGGGUAAAUGAUUUUGGAUCUCUUCGUUUUCUCUUCAUUUCUGCCUCACCACUUAAUUACAGUUAAAAAAGCAAUGUCUUUAGUGUUUCAGCAUGACAUGUAUUUUUCUUUUCAUUUUUCCCCAAUUUUAAAUGUACUUAUUUCUAUUCUCUGCUAGAUUUCUAUGUAAUGUACUGUUAACUUGAAUAUAUUUUUGUACUGAAUUGCUCCUAGGUUUUGUAAGGAUAAUUUUCUUCAAUGACACUACAUGACAAAAACACAAAACAAAACAAAAUUUUAACUGUACUGUUUGAACAUUACUGUCCAAGUUUGUACCUCAAAUGAAUUGUUUAAAGAAAUGGACUAAUGGAUUGACAAAGACCUACCUCCAGACGUUAAAUGGAAUGAAUAUGUUAACUUUCAGCAUUAGUUCUGCCAUGUUUGAAACAGUUAAGACUGCAACUAGUCCCUAAUCAAAAUUAUUUUUGUAAAAGAAUUUUGAUAGAAAAGAACACAUUUUAAAUUACUUUUUCACUAAAAACAAAAAAAACCUUCAAAGAAACUUGAAGCUUUGUAGGUAGGAAGCAGUGAGCUUGGCUUUUGCAUAAUGCAAUCAUAAAAACAUGUUUUAAAAUUAGUAGAUUGUAAGGAAAUGCUUGACAAGUAUUUUCAUAUAUUUUACACAAAUGUGAUUUUUUAAAGAUAUGUUUCAACCAGAUUUAUUUUAAAUGCUUCCUAUGUAGAGUUUUUAAUGCCUCUUUCUCUUAGUCAGUAUGUCUAUUUUUUUUUAACAUUGUAUUAUGAACUGGGCCAGGAGGUAGUUUUUCAUGAAGGCAUAUGUCAGUAUGGCUUUUUUAAUGUUCAAGCCAAACUAAAAAAGAAAAAACCACUCCUUUCUAGCUUCUUCACUGAGCUUAUUUGAAGGCUCACAUGCUUUUUGAAGCUGGCGAAGAGCUCAUUGUUAUAAAGCAUGCCCUCCCCCCCAAAAAAGCCAAUGGGAGAAUUAAAUCUAGGCAUGUUAAUGUUAACUGAGCAUUAGACAAAUGGAAAUAACUAGUGGCUCUUUUAGAAGAAAUUAAAAAGUCAUUUUCCAUAGAAGCCUUCAGUAUAAUACAUUUUUAGAAACCUCAGUGGUCAAUGCAUGUUGGUCAGACUCUGAGCACCGAGGUAUUUACAGCUCUGAUGAAGUUUGUCUUUUAUUUUCUAUAUAUUGUACAAUCAAAACACAUUACUACCUCUUAGGGCCUACUAUACCUCAUUUUUUCAGACUGAAAAAAAAUGCUUGUGGCCAUUGGAACAGUGAGAACAUCAUAAAAUUUUUUAUAUAUAUAGUUUAUUUUUGUGGGAGAUAAAUUUUAUAGGACUGUUCUUCAUUGUCAUUGGUCACUGCUAGGUAAGACUGGACAUUUAGCUUUUCGACCAUUUCUGCAACAUAGGUAUGUUUGCGGGAGAAAAGUAUCAAGACGUUUAACUGCAGUUUACUUUUUCUCUAUUUCUUGAGUGUCUUCUAACUUUUUUUUUUUUUGCUUUGUUCUUCAUAUAGAGUUGCUGUCUAUGAUUGUACCUUGAACUGCUUGCUUGUUGAAAAUGUUCCUUUAAUGGAUUAUCACAUUCUGUUCAGCACAAUAAACAUCAUAGCCUCUGUGAUUCCCCAGGCUGUUUGGUUCCGAUGUUUUGUCAGAGCUCCAUUAAAUGGGUAAUAAAGUUGAACCAGGCUA